AGUUGUGUUUCGGCGCGCGGCGCGAAGACUUGCGGGCGUUAUCGUUGGUUGUUCCGUACGCGAUCGUCGAGAAACAUGUGACAAUGUGUCAUCGCGUGUGAGUUUUGUCAGGUCGUUUUAUGUCCAGUGUUUUUUUUUCAACUCCUUACACAAGUGUUUUAUAUCCUAGCACAAGUGCGGCCAGACAAUUGUUUUGAGUGUUCUGCCGAGACCGGUGUGAAAAGUAAACAACGUGAAAAUAGCCAAACAUUCUCUGUAUCUUAGGAAAUUUUAUAAUUAAUAUAGAGUUUUUUUCCUUCACACAAAUUGUGUGGCUGUUAUCUUCGAUUUCAAAACGAGUUAACUGAUGCAAAUUGUGUGCUCCUUUUUCCGUGCCCUGAAAAAGUGAAUUUCUUCAACCAACUAAUUAAGGAGGAUUGGGAUCUUACCAGUUACCGCGUAACAGAGGAAAUUUCACUUCAAGGGCUGGCGCCGCCCUAUGCCCGGCGGGGAUGGAGCCGGCGCGGGAGGAGGCGGUCGUCGAACAACCCCGCGCCCCGGAGCGCACCAGGGAGCUCUUCGGCGUGCAGCUCGAGGUGACGAGCUUGCUGCUGGAGGCGGAGCGCCGCAAGCUGAGCGUGCUGCAGAGGGAGCUGCAGGUGGCGCUGGCCGAGGGCGGCUCCAUCAAGGCCAAGGAGCACCAGAAGCAGGAGCUCAUCGUCGCCAUCUCGCGGAUUCAAGCGCAGCACGAUCACUUGGAAAAGGAGUACCGCCAGUACGCGAUUGGUGUGCUCCGGAACUCCAACACACGAGGUUCUGGCAAGAGCAACCGAAGCCAGCCGGCCAUCGGCUUGAAGCAGACGCCUAAAGCCAGGGUGAGUGAGCAAGUAUCUACAUGUUCUCUACUCGCUCCGAGUACACGUUUCUGGCAUGUCAACAGGGCAUGGUGAUUGUUCCAGCUUUAUGUAUAAAGAAGUAAUUCAACAUUUUUUGCAGGAUGAUUAAAUUUUAUGCAGUUUUUUUUUUUCAAAUGCUAGCUUUCGGGACAAUUUUGCAUUGGAGCUUCUUUGUGAGAUACGCCUCAGGGAACAUCAAUGGAAACAAAGAUAGGUAUUUAAGUACGGUGGUUGGACCCACUUAAAAAUGUGUAUUAAAAAAUAAAACUAAACAGAAACCGUGACACGUAAAUUAAAAUUUGACUGACAUAUACCAAUGAACAUAAUGAAAUCCCACAGGUUACCUCAGAGGUACAAUGUCAAAAAAUCAACAGUUUUUUCUACUUAUCUACUUUUUUUUAGAUUGCUAUCAAAAUCUGCAAAAAAUUAUUGAAUACUGUAAAAUUAACAUUGCGCUAGCGUUUAUAACGCGCUGACUUCCACGAAAUAUUUCCUCCCGUUUAUUUUGCUUAUGCAUAAAAAAUUACGAAAAAUAAA